UUUCAGUUUGGAUACAGAGCAGCCAGACUACGACCUAGAUUCAGAGGAUGAGACUUUUGUGAAUAAGCUGAAGAAGAAAAUGGAAAUCACCGCCCUGCAGUUUGAAGAAAUGAUAGACCGACUGGAGAAAGGCAGUGGUCAGCAGCUCGUAAGCCUGCAGGAAGGCCAACUGCUGCUGAAAGAGGAUGAUGAGCUGAUCAAGGAGGUGUUCGACUACUGGAGCCGCAAGAGGAAAACCUGCAAGGGCGGCUCCCUCAUCCCCAACGUCAAGCAGGAGAAGAGGGAUGGCUCUAGCACCAGCGACCCCUAUGUGGCCUUCCGCCGACGGACAGAGAAGAUGCAGACCAGAAAGAAUCGAAAGAAUGACGAGGCAUCGUAUGAGAAGAUGCUGAAGCUGCGCAGGGACCUGAGCCGAGCUGUCACUAUCCUGGAGAUGAUCAAGAGACGGGAGAAGAGCAAGAGGGAACUGCUGCACCUCACACUGGAGAUUGUGGAGAAGAGGAAUGCAAUGCCAGACUUUGGCAGUGAGGUGAUGGCAGAGGCACUGGCGCAGCGGGCUCUUGUGAAGCCUGUCUACACCAUCCCUAUCAUUCCCCUGUCCAGCAGUAACCAGUACAGACACCAGGACCACUUGGACAUGAAGGACUACAAAAAGCCGGAGAAGACAGAGGCAGUGCGAACCAAAAGGAAAUAUGAAAAGAAACCUAAGAUUCCUCCUCUGUCAGCACCUCAACAUUCAGGGCCCUCGGUGUUCAAUCCCAAGGACCUCAAUCAGUACGAUUUCCCCAGCUCAGACGAAGAACCAUACUCACAGAUCCAUUCAGGUUCCUCAGAGGCAGAAGAGGAGAAUGACCCAGAUGGCUGCUAUGCGUUCAGAAGGAAGGCCGGCUGUCAGUACUACGCUUCUCGUCCAGAUCAGAGUGGCAACUGGCCCUGGGUAAGCCCAACAGAGGGCGGGCUCGGCGACUUACGCUUCCGCUACUGUCUGACCUCGUUGAACAUGCCGCGGCGCUGCAUAGGUUUGGCACGGCGCCGUGUGGGCAGAGGGGGCAGGGUCUUGUUGGACAGAGCACACACAGAUCUAGACAACAUCUGUCAGAGCCUGGACUCUGACCCGGAGCCUGAACCACUCGCCUCACCACUUCCAAGCUCUCCGCUCCGCAACUCUAACACCAGUACCUCAGAAACCAAUACCUCGGACCCAAACAGCUCCUCCCACCUUCCCACCUCUUCAUCACCCCUGUCGUCAUCAUCGCCAACACCUAUGGACCUCAGCCAGAUUCUUUUGAACAUUAAGUCUUGCCGCUGGAGGCACUUCAGACCACGGACGCUAUCCCAUAACCCCUUGGGUGGAGGAGAUUUGUCUCGCAGAGGAUUUAGGGAUUGUAACCGGACAGUGUCAGGACUAUCCCGGACCUUGUCUGGAGGAUCAAGCUCCCAAAACCGCACUGGCUCUGCCCCCACCCCUGUCAAUGUGUUCACAGCAGAGCAGUACCAGCAGCACCAGGAGCAGCUGGCCCUCAUGCAGAAACAGCAGCUGGAGCAGAGCCAGCAGCAGCAACAAGCCAACAACAACCCCCCAACACCUACCAACACACAGGCACUUGUGUCCAAGACGUUGGACCAGGCCAGCGCCCAGUUCGCUGCUUCGGCCCUCGUCACUACAGACCAGCUGCUGGCCUUCAAGUCCAAAGAGGAGCUGGUGCUGGCGAGUGGAGUCAACGGGGUCCUGGCAGGAGCAGGUGUUUUCAAAGGCUUGCACCUCUCCAGCACAACUGCAGCCCUUCACCAGACCAACCAGUCGACACACACUACCACCUCCGCUGCUCCGACUUUCCUCCAGCCCUCCUCCAACUCGGUCACACCUUCACCCGCCAACGCCGUCCCCACCUCCCUCACCUCCACCCCCAACGCCCAUGCAGCGGCAGCACUGGGGCUCCUGGGAUGCAGCGCUGCCAAUGCCACCCCCGCCACCACUCAGGUCCUCAUCGGGAACAACAUCUGUCUGAGUGUACCGUCGGCUGCCAGCCUGGCCGGACGCCAUAUCCCCCGGACCCUCGGGAACGUGCCACCCUCUGCCUUAAAGCUGUCCGCCACCACCAACCUGCAGAUGCCCAAAGUCUCCGGAACAUCGUCCAUGGACAUGGGCUCAAGGGAUAAUCACGAAGAAGACAAGCCAGCACUGAACAGUAUAGCAGACAACACAGUGGCCAUGGAGGUGACGUAGUAGCGGUGCAGUGAAGAGUCCACUCUUUAGGUGCUGUGCAUCGUAGCAUCGGGAAUGCAAAAGGGACAGCAGGACUCUGACGCAGACUGACAGAAUGACGAGUGGCCGCGCCUGCUCGCUUGCAAUUCUCAUCUCUCAUACUUUUUAAACCUUCUUUUGUUUUUGUUUUGUUUUUUGUUACUGUUAAAAGUAAAAGAUUGACAUCUGUAAAUUAUGAAUAUGGCAAAAUUAGUAUCUGUACAGUAACUACAUAUUUGUAAUAUCCCCCUUGUAUAUAUUACUUGAAUACAGAACUGUCCAUUUGUGAUGUUUUGCACUUGGGAGUCAAACUUAAAGGAAAAAAAAGUAAGCCAAGUAACUUGUGGCGAGUGUGAGAGAUGUGGGAGUUGUAUAGAGAAGAGUUUUAUCACAUCAUGUGCAUGGUGCGGAGCCUGCUGUUUUUAUCUAUUUAUUGUGCUGUGUUUACAGUUUUUUUUGUUUUGUUUUUUGGUUUGUUUUGUUUUUUUAUUUGUACACUGUACCUUUGUUGGUUCAUGUGCUGUAGUAAAUGUUAGGUAGCUACGGACUCCUGGGUAUUUUUGUAUAUUGUGAACACAAAGCAGGUCCCCCCACCCCCCCAACGUUUAUUUUGGGUCCCUGUGCUUCUCUCUGUCAAUCAUGUGAAAAUCAAUGGUGA